AUGGCUGCUCCAUCUCUGGAGGCCGCCUUGGAGAGCGACACCGAGUGCACCUCUGAGAGCUGUGCUGUGAAUGCCUUGCAAGUAGACUCGACCAAGACUCAGGAUAGCCUAAGCGCUGGUGAUGGGGCGGUGCACUGCCUUUGCAAGGAUCGAGAAGACAAGUACUACUGCUCAAAGUCGUUUGCAGGCUUCAGCAAAUGCUAUGGGCCCUGUCCUUCACUCUGCACAGAAACAGGCGGAAAGUUUUAUAUGUGUGGUGGAAAGCAUGAGAACCUUUGGCUGGACCGCUUCUUUAAGAACCAGGAGGAGCCGAGCAUGAAAUGCAAGCUCGAUCCAAAAGAUGAACAAUAA